UCCUGUUCAGAGGUUACGGCUCCUGAUUGCUUAAUCUCAUCAGGGGGGAUUGGUGACAUCAGUCCAAUCCUUUGCCGACCUCGACCAAAAGCCAGCAGCGGGGAUCAGCGGGGAUGAAGAGCGGUGGGACAGCAGGGAUCAGUCAGUGUGAAGAAGCAGCCGGACGACAGGCAGGCAGACAGUCGAUGAGUUCUUAGGAGCCAACACAUUUCUCACACUUUUGGGGAUCCCACCAUUCAAAAGUCAGGAUGGCUCGGGAUAUGUCCGAUAAGGAAAUCUUGAAAAUGGAGCUGGAUCAGUUGAAGAAGGAAGUUAGCACAACUAGGACACCACUGGCUGCCAACUGUGCAGAGACGGUCUCUUUCGUUGAAGAGAGGUUUGCAAACGAUCCGCUGAUAAAGGGCGUUUCGGAUGAUAAGAACCCCUACAAGGGAGACAAGGGAGGCUGCACAGUAACAUAGCACACCGACCUGCAGGGAAUGGGAGCCCGUGACAUCGCUGUUUUCAUACCUGCAGAAGUCUUGUGGAUAACAUGUACGGUAGUGAGACAACUGAGAUCUGUAAACGUUAAUUGAAUGUAUUUUAACUCUAAAUCUGUCCUUCUGUACACAUUACAUCUAUUGCACCUGUCCAUCCUGGAGAGGGAUCCUCCUCUGUUGCUCUCCUGAAGGUUUCUUCCCUUUUUUCCCCCCUGAAGGGUUAUUUGGGAGUUUUUCCUGAUCCGAUGUGAGGUUUUGGGGCAGGGAUGUCUAUGUGUACAGAUUGUAAAGCACUCCGAGACAAAUUUGUAAUUUGUGAAAUUGGGCUCUACAAAUAAACUGAAUUGAAAUUGAAUUGAAUUAAUGCUACCAGGAGAGAGACCCCUUUUCCAUCACUGGAUUACUGUAUGUACACCUGCUGAUAUGAAAAUGUUUCUUGGCCAAUUUGUAAUUAAAUGCAAAUAGCUGU